CGAGACGACGAUCAACGAGAUCAAGUGAAAAACCAGAAAUCGACCAGCCGCCGAGCAAACGGAAGCAGACGACAAACGCGCCGCAGUGCCUUGCUUGCUUGCUAGAAACGCGCGUUAUGUAAGCGUUUGACAUUGUUUCGCCACUUUGGCUGCCAAAUAAUUGCAGUUGUGCCGAUUAAGAUCGACUAAAAUAUCUUUAGUUUAAUAAAAAUUUUCGCCAGUGAAAAAGUGCUGUAAUUAAAAGUUAACGAAACGCGUGCGUGUAACGCACAGAAAAUUUUCAAAAAUAACACAGAGCAGCACCUCCCUGGGCUGGCUGUUUGGCUGCUUGGCUAUCUGGCUGGCUCGCUGGCUGACUAACUUAACUUGCACAUCUUGUUCAUAUUUUGGGAAUUAGUGUGGCAAAUAAACACACACACACACGCAUAUAAGCAAAGCUAAACUACACAAAUACAUACAGGCAAAGAGAUACUGGCAACUCAAUAUUGCCUGUCAACGAAUUUGUGUGUAUUUUGAUUAAUUAGUGUAUGUGUGUGUAUUGGUGCGCGCUGCUUGAUUAAAACACAACAACAACAAGCAUAAAUUGCAUUUUGGCGAGGAAGCAAACAAAAAUUUGUUAAGACAACUAAGGAAGUAGCGGCACAAAUAGCGGACAGUUUGACUCGACCAGAUAGAAAUAUGGCGACGCAUUCGAAUGCGAACACUUUUUCAACCAAACUAAAUCGUAAUGUCUUGACUAUGCCAAAAUGGGUGACGGAAACCCACGAUCGCAUCGGCCCGAAACCACCACCGCCACCAUCACCCACGACGUCGGAAAAUACCCUCAAAGUGCCAGUAUUGCCACCGAAAACAAAAAAUCUACCCGAGCCCGAUUACGAAGUUAUCGAGUUCUCUGGCCAGCAAUACUCGAAUGAAGUUCUCAAAGCGGGCAGUCGUUCGAAAACUCCAAGCACACCAGAUGCAAAACUGAAAUGUACGCUCUGCGGUUCGCAUAAUCCCUGGGUCACAUGUGAGGAGUGCGCACAGCAGAUCUUUUGCGCUUCAUGUGACGAUAUGUUUCAUAAGCAUCCCAAGAGGCGUACGCAUGUGCGAAAGGCCAUUGACCAAAGCCGUCCACCAUUGCCGCCGAAAAUUUUACCCGGACAAAAUGGACCAACACCACCGGUGGCGCCACCAAGACGCAAGGCACGCGGAUUUACACCACUACUGCCGCGCAAGGAACAGGUCAACACGAAUACGCUGCCAAUACCGCCCUCGCCGACACCCUCAUUGAGGAGCACCUCCUGGCAGGAUCGCGUUAGUUCACUCAAAAGCGGAUUGAAUCUGAUGAAUCGCCCUUUACCCGAUACACCGAAGACGCCGACCAGCGAGCACACAUCGUCACGUUCGGUCACACCCAAGUCGGUCUUCGAUAGCAUACAACGUCCACCGUCCGUCACAUUGGAGAAGAUCAAGAGUAAGGCUAGCGCCACAUUGGAUCGUAUGACCUUGCUGCAGCAACGCUAUCGUCAACACAAAGAGGAAAGUCUGAAGGGCAACACAGAUCAUAGCGGUUCUGUUACAGAUCAGAACCUCUCAUUCGAUCAAUGGUCAACCAUCUCACCGUCGCCAUCACAUUUUCGCUCAGGCAGCAUGUCGUCCGGGAUCAAUUCAUCUCAUUUUGACCUCACGGAUGAUACACAUUUUCACAAUAUGUUUAAUCAACGGCAGAUGCAUACGGCCGCGGCACAACAGCAACGCGCCAAUGGUCAAUUGGGCACACGUGGCAUGAGCACGUCCGUCUUCAAUUUGAAUCACAUAAAUCGACGCGCGCCAGAGCCACAGCAUGCGUGGAUGAAUAAUCCGAUGCAGCAGGCUCAGUCCAUGGCUCAUCUGAACUGCGCAACCUGUGCCAGCCCACAGCCCAAUGCCUGGCAUGCCCAUCAACAACGCAUGCCAAUGAAUAUGCCGAGCGCGGAAUGGGGUAAUCAAUUCAACUCACAGCAACAGCUUAAUCGCUCAAAUUUAUCACUCAAUGUUGGCGCCGGCUAUAUGUUGCCACAUCACCAUGGCGCUGGUGGCAUGAUGGCGCCACCACCAGUUUUCAUGAACCAAACAGGCAUGAUGGCGGGCAUGUAUCCUUAUCCCUACAAUGCGGGUAUGCCAGUUAUGAAUCCAGGUCUGAUGGGCAUGCCACCGCCCACGCGUUCACGCGCCACCUCACGAGCCGGAUCACGCGCCGUUUCACCGGCGAUGAGUCGCAAAUCUAUGCCGGUGCGCCGAAAACAACGCACCACCAGUUAUGUUGAGGAUGAACUCACCGAUGAUGAAGACUCCGAUCAAGACGAUCGACGUUCGAUUGUUUCAAAUCGUUCCGGCAUGACUAACACGCUACGCGCACGUCAACGACGCAUAUCGAGUGCUUCUCAGCUGUUGGAUGAUGAAAGCGAAACGAAUCCACGGCAAACACGCGGAAAGCUACGUGAUACACGUGAUCGCCGCGGUUCAAUUGCUAAGUCAGUGCAAAGUGAUUGGUUACCUGGUCGACGGACGACAGUGAAUCAAAAUAACACUGGCAACCGUCAGAAUGAACCGGGUUUUAUCAACACACUCAAGCCCACGCGCAUUUAUUCAGACUUAGACUCAGAAUCAUCGGGCACACGUGCAUUGGUGCAGGCUAAAAUACAAGAGAAACUGGAUAAGGGUACAAAGCGUAGCAGUUCCAAAGAGAAAGCAGCGGAGGCUGCGCGUCUAAAACCCACUAAAGUUUCUACAGAAGUGCAAGCAGGCGGUAGUCGAACGAUUACUAAAACGAACGCUGAAACUGAAACGAAAACUGUGGCAGCCGAAAAAUCGGAGAUCAUGAAAAGCCAAACGAACAAUGCCGAAGAGACUGAGGAGGAAGAGGAAGAAGAAGAGGAGAGCGGUAGUGAAGAGACUGAAAGUGAACAGGAAGAGGUGGCUGCGGUAGAGCCAGAUACUGUUGAAGGCAAACGCAUAGAGGAAGACAAUGCACCACAAGUAGUGCCCGCCGAUGAAGCAAACGAAGAUGACUUAGGCCCACCACCUUCAACACCAGACCAUGAAUGGGAGUGCGAGUUCUGCACAUAUGUUAACGAACCCAACGUGAAGAUCUGUUUGAUCUGUUGCAAGACACCUAGCAGUGUGCCGCGCAAGACCUCUACUACAACGGCUCCCACAGAAACCCUCAUAGUUGAGGAACGACCAACAAUGGUUAAAGAUAAACCAUCCGUCAGUCCAGAAAGACCUACCGCAUACAAAGAGAAACGAUCCAGUAGCACAGAACGAACGAAAGACAAACCGAAAGACAAAGUUAAAGAGAAAACAAAAGACAAAGUACACAGUACAACCAACAGCACCACCGCAUCUACUGGCACGGUAACCACUGCACCAAAACGCAAAACUGGCGUCACACAGAGUAUCAUAACUAAUCUGACGAACGGCAUAUCGAAGCUCAAGAUCACCUCAUCCGAGAAUGAAUCGGAUAACUCAGCGCUAGCGAAGAAGAAAGAAACCGUUGAAGAUGUGUGGGCCGCUUUAGAUGAUAACAUACAGACCACAGCUAAUGAGGUAAUGCGUAAAGCGGAAAAGUCCAAGCAGAGCAACAAGGUCUCAACUAGUUGCGGCACUUCACCCGUAAGGGAAGUGACGAAAACUAGAGAUAUCUCAAAGAUGCAACGAAAUGUGAAGGAGACCGGCACUUCACCGCCACCGCAAAGUAUUUCGACUCAAACCUACGAUACGGUACCUUUACGGCAACGCGAACCAAGUGUAACAGAAACUAUGCCCACUGGAAGUAGCAGUAUGUUUUACAACGAAAAUACACAGCUACAUCGUGAAGUACCCUCACCUCUAAGUGUUUUCUCGCCAGAUACGCCGCACUACGAGCCUAGGCACAAAGAGCCCGAAACUGAGCUAUUUAUACUACUGAAGGAAGCGGAGCUCUACAAAUUCACACCCGAAGAACUACAUGCGGCGCUCAAGUACUGCGGUCCUUCAGUACAUCCGGUACAAUGGUUACGUGAAAACUGGCACAAGCUCAUACAGACCGUACAAAGUUUGUCGACGAAAUAUGGACAGGAACGUGUUGAGAAUAUUAUUGGCACUGUAUCACAGGGUGAGGCAAGAGAUGCACUACGUCAACAUGGCGGUAAUAUAUGGCAGGCAGUAUCGGAAUGUAUUGAACAGCGACAGCGGAAGUACCGCGAGAUCUCAAGUAAGGGCAAUUACUCGCGUGAAGACAUCGUAACUGCGCUGACGAUACAUCAAGGUAAUGCGGAUCUGGCGUUACUGGACUUGGGACGUACGCAGUUGAAGCCAUUCUUAAUGCGCAUACGUGGCUCACCAGCUGGUGUAGAGAAUGAGAGUGGCGCAAAUUUUUUUGGCGGCAACUCAGUGGAGCAUACAAUUCAACCAGAAAUUCAUGAUUUCCUCAGCGCAAACGCUUCGGAAUGCUAUCAAACACCAAAUGCAGCUGGUGCCGCUUUCAUAACCGAUCAUCCCACGCUGUCACACGCAUCAUCUACUAACGAAUUACGUAAUACCAUGUACGAUAGCAUUUACCGUCAUAGUCCUUAUAGUAGAGAGGCAUCAUCAAGCCGAUUUCAUCUAGACGAUCCCGCAUUUAAUAAUCAAAACAUGCUAAAAGAUCUCGAAACACUUAUUGGUAAUAUUGAACAAAAUCAAGCGAAGCAGAGUGAGCCGAUGCUCAAAACUAUGGAGUCGAUGUUGGCCAAUAGUUUAGGCAAGAGUGAAAUGGAUAAUGAAAAUGAUCCCGAAAUGAUGCGCAUACUAAUGAAAAGCCCCAUCACUACCUUACAUGCCAAGCGUAUGACUUCCGAAUCAAAUAGCAGAACUCAGAGUCAACUGGAUGUGAAGAACUUUGUUUGGCAGCAUAUUCAAGAAAUAGUACCGAACUUGGUGCAACAAGUGGAGUUAGAACUCAUGGAAGAAGAUGCAAUGGAAGUCAAUGAAGUUAAAGAUACUCCAUUAGAGCAAAAGGUAACACCACCAGAGCCACCACCAAUCGAUGCUGAAGAAUUCAUAUUGGAGGAAGUCAUUGGACCAAAUAUUAAAGAAGCAUCAAUACGAGAGUUGGUGCCACCCGAGUUUAUAUAUGCGGCAGAAAUUGCCACUUUCCGCAUGGAAUUCGAUCGCGCAUUAGAUAGAGAUCAUGAGGAUGAGUUCGAAUUCGACAGCUUUGAAGAUGCUGAAAGAAGUAUAUAUAAAAUGUAUCACGCUCCUGAGGAAACGAAAGUAACUCUAGAAAGUAAGGCAGUUCCAGAGAUAGAAACCGAACACGAGCAAAUUGCAGAGGAGAAUAUAAUCGCAAAUGAAACUCGUCCUCAUGAAGUACAAGAAAUAAGAGCUGAUAUCGAAAGUACAACAACAAAUCAGAAAACGAUGGGAAAUGAGACGCAAGUAUCAGCACAAGCUGAACUCAUGGAAGACAGUGCAGCAACAGUACUUGAAAGUAAGGUUAUUCCACCAAGGACAGCUGAAACUGAAGAGACAGUUCAUGAAAUAGUUGAGUUAGCAAAUGAAUCCGUAGCCAUAACCAACGAAGAAACUUCUACGGCACUAACGGUUAAUGAAAACUCGGAGGUACCAAUAGCGAUUUCAAAUAUUGCUCCGAUCGAAACGCAGACUACAACAACCAUAGCAGAAACACAAAACCCUUUUAUAGAUGAAACCGCCAACUUCAGCAUGGAAACGUCUGUAGCUACUGCCAUAGAGUCACAUGCGCCCCAGAAAAUAGAACAACCAGCUGCUGGAAACUCUGUUGAAACUACAAGACUGAGAAGAAAUGAAAAGAUGCAGAAACGUCAGAGAAAGAGUCAGUUACAAAAGAAUGCGAAUAGCUCUGAAGCAAAAGCAACGGCGGCUAUUCGAGGAAAUGCUAGUAUGGACCGAAAGAAAAUAACUGAGCUAGGAACUCAAAACGAGGCCAUAAAGAAUGAGGGUUUAACAAAUAACAACGGAGCUAUGUCUCACCAUCAAACUCCAGAAUCGGCUGAGGAUCAACAGGCAGAUACGAACAAUCCACUUAACGCAGAAAAUAUUACAGCAAAUCAACAAGUUUUAGAUACCAAAGAACGUCAACCGAAAGUGUCGAGAAUUCCCGUACGUCGUAGCGCAAGUCGACUUUCUGGUGAGCAAAGAACAAAACACCCUAGUCAACUAACUAUUGUUCAAGCUAGUAACAAACUAACAACUGAGAAUGAAGUCCAAGCAACUAACAAUCCUCGAGAUGCAUUAGAACAAGAGGUCAUUUUAAGUCAAGCAGGUGGAGAAGCAGAGGAUAUAAAUAUGAUUUUAGAGAACGAUGCAAUUAAUGGAAACACUAUAGGGGAAGAAAACCAGAUAGAUAAUAAUAUGGAGAGUUUGUCCGAAAAAUUGGGAGAAACAAAUCAAGAACUAAAUGAAGUCGUCGAGGAACAAGCUUCUCAGAUAUUAACUGCAGAAGUCAACUUCGCGGACAACGCGACUUUCGCGCACACGGAAACAGUUAAAGCUGAGGAGCCACUAAUAAAUGGGAUAAUACAAACUCUUCCAAGAGAUGAAGACUUAACACAUCACAUGACUACUGAAACCCCAGGAAAUACCAACUAUAAUAAACACAACCAAUUGGAAAGCGAGAUGACUUUGGACGAGGACAGGACUCAAACAGAGACUGAAACAGAAGCAGAAGGUCAAAAUACUGAAUUAACUGAAGAACUAUCUACUAGUACUACAAAAUUUGGAGAUAAUACUGAAGAACUCAACAACCAGACAAACGAAAAAUCACUUCCGGUGAUAAUGUCUGAACCAGAAGCCAGCACUCAAGAACUUCAAACCCAAAACAAAGAAGGUCCACCGUUGCAGGCAACAGUCUAUGAGACAACUCAGGCAGAAAAUAAUUCCCAAGAAAGUGCACAAGAUACUGAAAAACAAAAUGUUUCGCAAUUAACAGUUGGAGAAACUGUACAAGUAGAAAUCAGCUCUGAAGGAAUUGUGCACCGAGUGGAUGAAAAGGUAAUCUUGCUGAUGCCGGCUGAGCAAAUCAUUCAAGCAGAAACUGAAGGAAAUAUCAACCGAACUGUGAUAGAAGAUGUGGAUACAACUAGGCACGACGAGACGACAAAUCAACUCGACUAUGUUGGAGAAUCCUCUGUACAAGCUGCUUCUGAGAAGUCGGCACAAGAAGACACAAUAAGUUCAAACGUAGAAGAAUCCAGCAAUCAAUCAACUUCAAAGGAAACUACUCAAACUGAAAGCACCGCAGAAGUACAGAAUAGUGAAUUACCAACUAACGAAGUAUUUCAAGAUGCAGCUGAGCUUUCCGCGGAUGAAGAAAUUGACAAUAAUACAAGCAGACCCGCUUCCAAACUCGAAAGCCAUGAUGGUAACGAAACAUCUGAUGCUGAGUUAUAUAGCGUUGAAAGUGAAUUCUCUAGUCAGGGACAAUCACGUUCUGUGACUUCGGAUAAUGCUGUAUUGCUUAAGGUCGACAACACAACAGAAUUGCCAUUACAACAAUCCACAAGCGACACAGCGAUAGAUGCAAAUCUCAGCAAGACGACAAGACAGACUGCACCUUUGGAGUUUGUGCUUUCUCCAGAUGCCUCAAAACAAAAUCUCUCCGAGCUCGUUGAAGACACACAACGCCUGAUUAAGCAAAUGAAAGACGAAAUAAAUAUAGAGGACUUCGAAUCUUCCGAAGAGGAGUACACCGACGAGUAUACAGAUGAAGAUGAAUAUGAUGAUGAUGAUGAGGAAUAUGAUGAAGAUUGGGAAGGCUCGCUGGAAGAAGAAGACACAGAAUAUGAUGAGGGUGAGCUAACUGAGGACGAUAUAGAUGAUGAGGAUUAUUUUAAUGAAGAAGAUGAGGAAGGUUUGAGUGCUGAAGAUGCGGAAGGUGAAGUUAAAGAAGACAAUACCGCUGCGGACAAAGUAAACGAAAUUAUAGAUAAAGUUUCUAGAGCUCCUGGCGAAGAAAAUAAUACGGAACAUGAAAGUGAAAAUAUUAGUGCCACGCAUACCAAUGAGAAAGACACUAUCAUUACCCCAUCAUCUCAUACCGAAAUCACAAUAACCGUCGAUACCCCAAACUCAAACUUAAUUGAUACAAAUCAUGAAGUCGCCAACAAUGCUUUAUUGACCACGCUUGAAAAUGAAAUUGUGCCUGAUUCUAAUGCUAAUGCUAACCCAAUAGAGUCUUCAACUAACGAAAUCGAAACAGAGAAUCAAACACCCGAACUGCCCGUAGAAACCGUACUGUUAAAUGAAAAGAGUAUUACAACAACAUCAGACAGUACAAGCAAUGAUGAUAAGGUAGACACAACUGCCUCAACUGAGUUGCGAAUUGAGAACGAAGUACAAAUUGAGACAAUUCCAGUCCAAAACCAAGAAGGUGAAGAUCAAAAUAUAAGCAUAGAGAUUAUCCCUGCUGAAAAGGCGAUCAACGUUUUAAACCAAAAGACUACAAAAGACCCCGAAGAACAAAACUCAAGCAAGAUUUUGGAAUCUAAACCUGCCACAAGUCCGAAAACUGGCGUUGUAAGUAAGAUACCACAAAUAAGAAACGAUGCCCGCGAAGCGUCCACUUCGAAAGCUGCCCGAAACGCUUUGAACAAUGCACGAAACGAUAAACUUACCACACCAAAGAACAGUGUAACGACUGUUAAAGCUCAAGCUGAAAAACCGAAACCCAAGGAAAGUAAAAUACCAAAACAGGCAGCAAAAAAGGUACCCUUGCGCUCGAAAUCCUUCUCCGGACCACCAGGUCCCAUUGGCAUUUCUUCGGUAAAGACCAUACAGCAAAAGUUUCUGAAUCAGCAAAAACAGUUAACCACGCGUGUAGAACCAACCAAAAAUCCACCAAAUGUAGUACGUAAGAAGUCAAUAACCGAAGCUAUUACUAAAUUUAUGCCCAGCACUUCAGCGGGUGCCAGUAGUUCUACAGCUACUGCGGUAACCAGCAUUUUCCGCACCCAUCCACGUAUACCUAAGAAGAAAUAUCACGAGACAUGCUUUUCAGAUGAUGACUUUGAGACGACGACGAGUGAGGAAGAACCGGAACCGCUGGAGAUACGUCAACGUAAGAUAAGUGUGCCAGUUUUUCGGGCAUACCCCAGCGUACAGGAGCCGGAAGUUGUGCCCCCAGAGGUGCUCGUUCAAAAAUUCAUCGAAGAAAAGCUAGUCGCAAAUAUUGCUGAAGCGCAAAUAGCCGCCACUUUGGUAAAUAUGCGGUUCCAACAGGAUGUUUCACUGUGGGCGGCCAAGGAAUGUAGUGACCUUGACCAAGCCAUCUCUAUGCUACAGCAAGAGUGCGAACUCUGCAUGGGCACAUAUCCCAUGAAUCAAAUUGUCUCAAUGCUCAAAUGUACGCACAAAUGUUGCAAACAAUGUGCCAAAACAUAUUUCACAGUGCAGAUUACCGAUCGCAGCAUCAACGACUGCACUUGUCCGUUCUGUAAGCUACCCGAAUUACACGGACAUAACGAGCAUGAGGACGAGAAUUUAGAAUACUUCUCGAAUUUGGAUAUCUUUCUGAAGAGCAUUUUGGACGAAGAAGUGCAUGAGUUAUUCCAGCGAAAGCUAAGAGAUCGCACAUUGUUGCAAGAUCCGAAUUUCAAGUGGUGCAUACAGUGCUCAUCCGGUUUCUUCGCGCGGCCCAAACAGAAGCGACUCAUUUGUCCAGACUGUGGUUCCGUGACAUGUGCGCAGUGUAGAAAGACGUGGGAAAAGCAACACGAGGGUAUUUCGUGUGAACAAUUCAAGGAAUGGAAGGAAGCCAACGAUCCGGAAGUGCAGGCACAAGGAGUUCAAGAGCAUUUGUCGCAAAAUGGCAUUGAUUGUCCGAAAUGUAAAUUCAGAUACUCGCUAGCCAGAGGUGGCUGCAUGCAUUUCACUUGCACCCAAUGCAAGUAUGAAUUUUGCUAUGGUUGUGGCAAACCUUUCAUGAUGGGCGCCAAAUGUACCAUAUCCUCGUAUUGCGCCAAACUGGGUCUGCAUGCACAUCAUCCGAGGAAUUGUCUUUUCUAUUUACGUGACAAGUUACCCAUACAAUUGCAAAUGUUACUUAAACAAAAUAAUAUACAAUACGAUGAAGAUCCUACAGAGUUGUCUGGCAACCACGUGGAAGAUGCCUCAACGUCCACACCGAAAGUGCCACGUUGUCCAAUUCCCUUGCAAAAAGAGACUCCCACCGGUAUGGUAGACACAGUAUGCAGUGGAGAGGUGCCAGAUAAACAUGCUGGCAUGUGUCGCACCCAUUACGUCGAGUACUUGACCGCCAAAGUGGCUAAAGCGCGCAUUGAUCCACUGCCCAUAUUCGAUCUAACCGAUUGUGUGCAAGAGUUACGACGACGAGAUAUACGACUGCCGGAACGAGGUCCAUGGGAUACAGAUGAAAUCUACAAGGGCAUGUGUUCUGAGGUUAUAAAGAAAAAUAUUCCGCUGGAAACGACAUGAGACAGUGUGCUGCAAGCGACUUGGACCAAUCCACCAGAUACCCAACCAUAGGCGAGCAACAUAUGAACGAUAUAUGUAUGUACGAGCGAACGAUGUUGUGGACUGCAAAUAUUUAGGAGGAAGAAGCGGAAAAAAUUAAAAUUGAAAAAACACAAAAAUAAUGUAUUAUUUUCAACAAUAUUUUCUUUUUUCUUAUUUUCCACUUGUUCAUUUCCUUAUGUAUGUUUAUAUUCGUCGCAGUCCACUGUAUUUCUCUUAUCCACGCUACUAAUCCAUAUUACUACGAGUAAAUGUUCAAUUUAUAUUUUCUAAAGCUUAACUAGUGAAUAAAGUAUAUACAGAAAGAUAAA